AAUUGGCUUUUUACUAAUUUCUUCACGGGCUUGAGGCAUCGGACUUUCCAAAAGGGGGAAAUUCUUUUUGGGCGGUAAACAAAAAUUUCCUAACAAGGCAAUACGUAUAUAAAGGUGAAGUACUGUCCGCAAUCGUCAAACGGCAAAGUGCAACAAUGAGCCUCCUACUAAAAUCCUUGGUCUUGUGCGUUGUAAUCGUAUACGUGGCAGGGCAAGAGGGGUCGGAAGAGCAAAUCGACGAAGAAGGACGCACCUUUGGAAGACCUUUCGCAAAAUUGGCCGGAGCUGUGGCUCAUGGAAUCGGAUAUUUAUUACUAGAUGGGGAUAACCACCAUUAUUACCGGCCUCCUUAUAACUAUUACAACAGGCCUUUCCCUGGAGUUUAUGGAGGAGGAUUUGCCAAUCAAUACUACCGGCCUGGCUUUCCCGGUUACAGAGAUCCAAUUUUCGACAAUAAAUAGUUGAUUUUUGAUUCGAUUGA